AUGCUGGUGCUUAACAGUGGACAGUUACCUGCUAGUCAGUCUCUUUGCCUGGGCUGUGGGUGGGUCCCAGGCCUGCCAACAGCACUGGGCAGGAGAGAUCCUUCCAGUGCCCCCUAUCACCGACUCUACCCCAGGCUUGCAGAAAAUGGAAAUGGAAUCCGAAUGCAGAAAGUAAAUGACACUUUGCAGCCUCUGGAGAUCCGGGGCGGUGUUGAUCCAGGCUCAGAGGUGAGAGAAGCUCUGUGUACUGCCUCCUUAGGUAGUACGUCGCCACCACGUACAUACCACCAGCAUUUUACAAGUGGAAGUUUCUAUGUCACUGUUGUAACCCAAAAAGUUGUUCCUCACCAAGAGAAGCAGAAGAAAAGCUGCAAGGUGAAUAUAACUACGGCCCAUUGGAUUGAUGCCCUAGCAGCACUGACCAUGGAUCCUAAUGAUCUGAUCCAGAAAGGACUCUGUGUCCCUGGAAACAUUAUCUCUUCUAACUUAUGUGACUUCAACUCAGGGGAACAUCGGGAGGCUGCCAUGAACACUCUAGAAGAGCUUGGGUUUUCUUCCCAAAAAAAUCAAGAGGAGCAGAUCAAAUCAAAUACAUGUGAGACAGUGGAGGCUUCUGCUAUAUCUGUAAGAACAACAGUUAAAUACCAAACACCCACUACAAUGCAAAAAUGUUCUAUGCCCACAGUAGAAACAUUGGGCUUGAACAGGCCUGCCUUUGAUGAACAGAGUCCUGUCAACAUCAGUGGUACUAAUUAUCUCCAAAUGCCCCUGGUCAAUUCUUACAUGGAGAGUGUCAAACCAACCAUCUGUCCUUUCCAUGACACAUCAACUAACUAUUCACCAAGCAUGUAUGAAACCUUGCCAUCUCAGCAGUCCUCCAGCUUGGGCCAGCCAUGGUAUUCUCCAGUCUGCACCAAUGAGGGGUGUUUUCUCUGCCUCCCACCACCUUACUACGUUAGUUCCCACAUCUCAUCAUCCCUGGCUUCACCCAUGAGACUCUCUACUUCCUUGGUCCCAGCCAUACUACCACAGGUCCACUGUACAGAGAAAAACCUGCCCUGGAAGAUCGAUGUCAGCUCUCGCAACUCUGUUGAGUCUCACGCCUAUCCCCAUAUCCAGCACAGUAAACAGUCUAGGAUGCCCUCUACCAAGGCUGUCAUCGGUGGUCUGCCCAGAGAUAUAGCUGUCCAUGAGCCUUCACGCCAAGUUUACUUUCCCUCACAGCCCAAUGUAAAUACCUGUUCUGAAUUCUACAAGCACUGUGUCAGGAUCUCCACUUCUCCCUCAGUCACCCUGUCAAAGCCAUACAAAACAGUUGGCCAUGAGUUCUCUGGGGCCAGAUUCUCUAAUGGCAAAUAUCCAAAGGCUUCUGAAGAGACUGACUGUGCCCAGCCAGUUCCUAUACAUAUCCAGAAAAUAGCAUAUCGGGGCCAUAGAGAGGGCAGUUUGCCUCCUCUUUUGGAGGAGCACAUGGUUACCAAAGACAGUACCAAUAAUUCAUUAGAUUCAUCAUCUAAAGUGGUGGGUGUCGAUGCUCUCAAAGCUGACUACGUGAGAAAGAUGGACCCCGUGGUGCUAUUCCACACCAGAGGUAGAAGUGCCUUGGGGCUCUCUGGAAGUGACCUGCUGAAAGAAACAUCUCCUCCAAGAAACAGCUGUGUUACCUGCCAAUCUGAAAUCAUUAACACUGCUCCCUCGUCCUGGGUGGUUCCUGAGCUAAGUUCUAAGGAACAAACUAACGGCAGAAGUCUGCUGCUUAAAAAUAAGAAUUUGGACUGGACAAUACCCCAGCAGCAGAGUUCAUCAUGCCUUCAAAUGGGUGGCAUAAACACUGUGGUCACUAAUGUUUUGGGAUCAGUGUCAAGUGCUGGCCACCUGGCAUCAGCAUCACCAGCUCUCAACACCAGUGCUGAUGGGAGCAAAAAAAGCAGUAGCUCUGUGGACAGUACAGCAUUCGUCAUUCAUCAUGUGGGCCAGCCUCCCACCACACCUGCCAAACACAGCUUUGGCACCAGCAGCAAGGAUACCAAAGCCAGCAACUCAGAACCGAGCUUUAAAGCAAACAAGAAUGGCCUCUCACCAAGUUCAUUGUUUCUGUCUCCAAAUGAGGUGUUCAGGUCCUCAUCUGUACCUCAUCCUCAGAAUUGCUUGCCUUAUCCAGUACCUGGAAAUAAGCCUAUAAAUCCCCUCUUUUUAUGUGACAGGGGACCAGUAUGCCAUUAUCCACUUUUGUUGCCCAGUGAUACCCUCUUUCCUGGUUACCUUGUGUCUGAGCCUGGACUGCCCCAGAACCAGCCAGAGUUUAUAACCUACCAGGAUGUACUGGGCAUGGUACAUCACAUUGUACCCAAAGAGGUCACUAAGGAGGAGAAAUUAGAGGGGAGUUCUGGGUACCAUAGGCAAGCCCACAAUGAGGACCCAGCCCUGUGGAACAAAUUUUCUGAGAUGUUGGAAAGUAGCACCAUCAAGUUGCAUUCAGAAGUUCCUAUUAAGAAGAACCUAAAACUGAGUAGCAUCUGGGGACAAGGGAAGAUGAUUGUCAAAAGUCAUGAGCUUGCCUAUGUAGACCAUCUUGGGAAAGAGCCAGGUAAUAGAACUCAAGCAAAUGCGUCCAAAUUGGACUUUGCAACUGAGAACCCUACAUGUGGCAAACCUCCCACUGAUAACUCCUUGUUGUCACACCAAGAUUUCAUCACUCUUGGAGAAGAGUUGGGGUCCAUCAGUGAAUUUCCUGAAGCUUGUACUUUCAAACAGAGUCCAGUCCAAUCAAUCUUGAGUCUGAACAAGAUGAGUGUUUCUAUAGGGACUGAUAAAGAGAACCUGGGGGUGCCAGUCUUCUUUCUGGAGCCCAUUCUGGGGAGUGAUAGCCCCAUUGUAACUUUUGGUAAAACCCAAGAGGACCUCAAACCAUUUUGUAUGGAUAGUGCCCCACCAAGUGUGGACACCAACCCCACCGAUACCAAAGAUGGAACUGAUGAGGUAGUAUCUCAUGAUGGAAAAGUUCUGAAAUCAAAGCCAUCUAAGCUGGCAAAGAGAAUUGUAAACUCCGUUGGUUACGUGGGUGACCAAUUCAAGUGUGUCACUACUGAAUUGUAUGCAGAUUCAAGUCAGCUCAGCCGGGAGCAGCGUGCAUUGCAGCGAGCAAUUAUGCACUUCUCAGAGCUGGAGAUGAAAGAGAGAAAAGGUGGCCACCCAGCAACCAAAGUCUCUGAAAUAUGCAAAUCCAAUGUAGCUGAUAAUGAAAGGUUGAAAGGAAAUCAGGGCAGAAAGCCAAAACCACUGGGGGUCAUUGCUGACCAGAACAACAGUGAGAGAUGUGAAAGCAAACACAAUAACUUUGAAGUUACAGAAGACAAAGCUCUCACUUUGAUGGAUAGACAACAUGUGAGCAAGCUACCCACUGACCAGCUACCCUCCAACAGCCCCACACUCUGGCUGGAUAGAAAAUGCAAUCUCUCAGAUUACAGCAGCCAUGAGGAGACUAUUGUGAAAGAGAAGUCUGAGGAUCCUCUGCUGAAAGCUAAGCGAAAACGUGUCUCCAGAGGUGACAAAAAGAAGAAUCACCCAAGUUGCAUUCCAGCAUUGAAGUUGCAUACUAAACAGAAGAAAAUUAAAGGAAGCCACAAGACAGAUAUAAUAAUUACAGACAAUGAAGAGGACUGCCAUUCAGCCUCCCUGCUACUGGAAAAAACUGAGAGCAGUGAGAAGCCAUCUGGGAAGAGACUUUGCAAAGCCAAGCACUUGGUUCCUCAGGAGCAUAGGGAGAGCUUGUCAGUGACUGGGGAUUACUACAUGGAGAAUGCUGAUGGCAAGUUACUACAUUCAGGAUCCCCUCCAGAGACUAUACAGUCACGCCCAUUGCCACCAGAAGCACGGAGACUUAUUGUCAAUAAGAAUGCUGGUGAGACCCUCCUGCAGCGGGCCUCCAGGCUUGGCUAUGAAGAAUUAGUCUUAGUUUCCCUUGAAAACAAGCUUUGUGAUGUGAAUCAUCAAGACAAUGCAGGUUACUGUGCCCUGCAUGAAGCUUGUGCUGGAGGAUGGCUCUGCAUUGUUCAACACCUUCUUGAAUAUGGUGCUGAUGUCAACUGCAGUGCCCAGGAUGGAACCAGACCUCUCCAUGAUGCUGUCGAGAAUGAUCACUUGGAAAUUGUCCGCUUGCUUCUUUCGUAUGGUGCUGACCCCACUUUGACUACAUACGCAGGGAGAAGCAUCAUGAAAAUGAGUCAAAGCAAAGCUAUGGACAUGUUUUUGUCAGAUUAUUUAAAUGACCUUCAGGGUCACAGUGAUGAUGAGUUUAAUGGUUCUUGGGAAUUCUAUGGAAGCUCUGUGUGUGAACCAAAAAAUAAAGCUGGAUAUAAUAUUUUGGCAAAUCCUCCAGGACCAGAGGACCAGGAUAAUGAAGAUAAGGCUCUCAGGGAUAUGUUUGAAUUUGAAUUUUCAGAUAGCCCUCUCUUGCCAUGUUAUCGUGUUCAAGUGUCUGUUUCUCAGGGGCCACGAAACUGGUUUUUGCUUUCAGAUGUGCUUACAAAAUUAAAAAUGUCACCCUCUAUAUUCCGCAGCAAAUUUCCGAAUGUGGAAAUUGUUACUAUUGCAGAGACAGAGUUCUACAGGCAGGUUUCAGCAAAUUUCUUAUUUUCAUGCUCCAAAGAUCUGGAAGCCUUCAAUUCUGAAAACAAGGAGCUGUUAGAUUUGGUUGAAUUCACAAAUGAACUUCAAACUCUCCUUGGGUCCUCUGUAGAACGUUUAAAUCCCAGUGAUGUAACCUUGGAGUAGGAUUACUUUUGAGCACUACUAUCCCACUAAAUACAGUAUGUUGUAUACAUAUGCAUCGUGUGAAAGUACAACUUUCUCUAAAUUAAGACGUAAUACUGUUCUGUAGCAUUGAGACUUCAGUUGAAAGAAUUAUGUCUUUCCUUUGUCAUUCAAAUUAGUUUUGAUGGAAUUGCUGAAGUGUUGAUUUACUUUUAAAUGUUAGAAGCUGCCUUGGGAAAAGUAAUGCUUUAACUUGACACAUUUUUCUUUAAGGAAAAAAAUGAAUUAGGUAAGACACUGUUAAGUUCCAGAAGUAAGGUAAUUAGAAUUAACAGUGUGUUUGGGAGAACAAAUUUGGAAAGGCACUUGUAAUUUUGUUAAUAGGAUAUAUGCUGUUGGCCACGUUCAUGCAAUUGGAUGUAGUUCAAAUUAAAACCACAACUACAUAACUACUAACUAUAUGAUCUUUAUAUCAAAAGCGAUGACAUUAGUUUUCUUGCCUCAAUUGAAUUAUUUCAUUGUCUCUAGAGGUCUUUGAACUCUUUCUCUAGCUCUGUAGAACAUUGAAAAUUACUCUGCAUUCAGUUUGCUUAGAAGUAUAUACAAACUGAACUUUGUGAAUUGUUUUCAGUGUGCUUUGUAAACUUUCAAGUA